AGACAGAAGGAAAGAGAAAGAAAAGACGUGUAUAGAGCGCGAGUGAGAAGGAAGGAAAAGGACUCUCGCGACGCGAAACAAGCCUGUGUGUUGCCUUCUUUGGAUCGUGGAAAAAAAGACCCUAUCGGACAACAAUCGGCCGUUACGGUCAAGAUACAGAGGGCCCGCGAGAUGUCUCUGACGUGCCGAGUGCAGUAUCUGAAUGACGUCGAUCCGUUUGCCUAUGCGAGCUCCUAUCCGGAGCCACCUAGGCCGCCUGUGCACACCUUCAGCGCGACCUUGCCACUAAUUAACCAGCUCGCAGCGGUGCAUCGACUUCUACGGGCGCCUCAUAGGCUUGAUGAUACGGCGCUCCAGCUGUAUAAAGAUGGCGAUUAUGGCGCUUAUUUGGACCUUGAAGCCUCCAUCAGCGAGCAACAGGAAGAAUUCGAAGGUUUCCAGACCAACCGAAAAAAUUCGAUCGUCCUCAGGACACAGCUGUCUGUGAGGGUGCAUACUAUCAUAGAAAAAUUGCUGAACAGCGAGGGCCGCGAGCUACGACGAGCUCUCUUCUCCCUCAAGCAGAUCUUUCAGGAGGACAAGGACCUGGUGCACGAGUUUGUACAAAAUGAUGGGCUUGCUUGCCUCAUCAAGGUUGGCAGCGAGGCCGACCAGAAUUAUCAAAAUUAUAUACUGCGAGCUCUCGGUCAGGUGAUGCUCUAUGUGGACGGCAUGAAUGGAGUGAUGGAACACGGUCAGACGGUUCAGUGGUUAUACACGUUAAUAGCCAGCCGCUUCCGAUUAGUGGUGAAGACUGCACUGAAGCUGUUGCUGGUAUUUGUCGAAUAUGUGGAGACGAACAGUCUGCUGCUGGUCAGGGCCGUUAGAUCGGUCGAUACAUCCAGGGGCAUGAUACCCUGGACAAACGUGAUGAAGCUGCUGAAGGAUUACGACGCCGCCGACACGGAAUUACUGAUCUACGCGACGACGUUGGUCAACAAGUGUUUGAACGGUAUACCGGACCAGGACACUUAUUACGAUCAGGUGGACUGUUUGGAGGAGCAGGGGAUCGAGGGCAUCAUCCAGAGGUACAUGUCGAAGCAAGGCACCGAUCUUGAUCUACUCAGACAAUUCCAGAUCUACGAGGCCGUGCUGCAUCACGAGGAUGGGAACGAUAGGGGCUCGCCUAUUCGUCAGCUAGACGAUAACAUCAGGAAAACGCUACGAAACCGGAAGUCCCUGGUGGAUUCUCACGAACGGCGAAAAUCCCGGCGACACUCGACGGGCACGUCUCCAUUGUCGAUGUCCUUGAACGCGCGCCUAAGUCCGCGGCUCAACCACUCGUUGGGUAUAAGCUCACUGAACAACACGCUAAACUCAAGUUUGCCCGACGACGACGACGAGUCGAGCAGUUCUCAGAGUUCGCAGGGUCAUCUCGGCGAAGUUCAAUUGAAUGGCAGCUACAAGGAGAACAAAGUAGACGUUGGCGUGACACCGGCGUUAAGACGUCGAAGGGAACGAGCUGAGAGGCAGAGGAGCUUUAUCAGGGAACAGCAAGAGGCCACGGCGACUAUGCGAGCAUCUGUGGUACCCUCGGACGAUCAGGAAAGUCCCUACGCGACGAACGGCCUGCGUUACACUAACGGCACGUCGUACGAAAGAAAUGCGGACUCGCCGUCGAAUAAGUUAUCCAGGACAAACAGCAGGAAAGACUUGACGCCUCUGAUGAAUGCUGCGAACAAGCUUGACUCCGAGGAGAAGAAACCAUGGUACGGCAAGAGCCCGGACGAGGGUGUCGAGUGCGACGAGGGUAAUCACACCGACGAGGAUGAGGAUCGUCGAGUGGUUCUACAACUGAAGAGGGAAGGAACCGUCAAGGAUCUCACACAAAAGCUGGCCGCUCAAAAUCUUAUACCGAGCAGCCCGGUCGAGGAGAAGGUUUCCAGGAUAGGGGACAUGAGCGGUCUGAUCUCGAAGGCGAAGGAGGGUCUGGCAAAGUCCAAGUCAAAAGCGGACGUGCUGAAGUCUCCUACCGGCGACAGCCUGCCGAAACUGCAAGAAGCGAAGAAAUCCGAGAACGAGCUGCAUUGGGAGGAGUUGGUUAAGAAACUGAAGCGGCCACUCGAACUCUGCGACCUCGACUUCACCGAUCUGAAUUCCGACGACGAAGUUGACAUUCUUGGACCUGUGAACGUGACCAACGGCGUACCACCGCCACCACCACCCAUGGUUCCGACUCCUGGUGGCGCACGGGCACCACCGCCACCACCUCUAGGGGCGAGGCUACCGCCACCCGUACCGCAAGCGCCUCCACCGUUGUUCGGCGUGAAUCUCAAGUCGCCGAGGUCACCGACCGCGGUCGACUCCAACAACGCUCCAAAGAGUCCACUGCCGACCUUCACUAAGAAGAGUAAAAAGACGGUGAAGCUGUUCUGGAAGGAGGUCAGGGAUGACCCCAUCAUACUGUCGAAGCUCGACAAAAACAAAAUGAUAUGGGACGAGCUGUCGCCAGUAUCUGUUGACACGCAGAAGCUCGAACACCUGUUCGAGAGCCGUGCUAAGGAUCUCAUCACGAAGGAGAAACAGCAAGAGAUGAACAAAAACAAGGAGAUCAUCGUGUUGGACCAUAAACGAUCAAACGCCAUCAAUAUCGGGAUGACUAAGUUGCCUCUACCAAAAUCUAUUAAAAUCGCGAUCUUGAAAAUGGACGCAACAAUUAUGAACAGAGAGGGUAUCGAGAAACUCUUGACGAUGCUGCCAACCGAGGAGGAGAGGUCCAGGAUACAAGAGGCGCAGGCCGCCAAUCCUGACCUACCUUUGGGAUCGGCCGAGCAGUUUCUUCUAACUUUGGCCUCUAUCUCGGAGUUGCCUGCCAGGUUGAAACUUUGGGCGUUCAAGUUGGACUUUGAGAAUUCGGAGAAGGAAAUUGCGGACCCUUUGAUGGAUCUGAAGCAGGGAAUGGAGACCCUGCGAGUGAAUAAAACGUUCCGCGGGAUUCUGAGCACGCUCCUUUCGAUCGGGAUAUUCCUCAACGGAAAUGAGGUGAAGGGCUUUCAGCUGGAAUACCUCGCCAAAGUACCUGAAGUAAAGGAUACGGUUCACAAGCACUCGCUGCUUCAUCACCUUUGCCACAUGGUGAUGGAGAAGUUUCCGGAUUCCACGGAUCUCUAUUCGGAGAUCGGCGCUGUGACAAGAGCAUCGAAAAUCGACUUCGACGAGCUCGCGGCAAACAUCGGGAAACUAGAGAGCGAGUGCAAGGCAUCCUGGGACUACCUGAAGCUCAUCGCGAAGCAUGAUGGUUCCACGAUGAUGAAAGUCAACAGAAUGUCAGACUUCCUGGCGGACUGUGCGGAGAGGAUAAUCGUGCUGGGCAUCGUGCACAGGCGGAUCAUAAAUCGAUUCCACAAAUUCAUCUUAUGGCUGGGGAUCCCGCUGCACAGGGUGCAAGACACGAAGCCGAAUGAGUUUUGCCGGAUCGUGUCCGAAUUCGCGCUCGAGUACAGAACCACCCGGGAGCGGGUGAUACAGCAGCUGGAGAAAAAAGCCAAUCACCGUGAAAGAAAUAAGACCAGGGGAAAGAUGAUCACAGAGGUUGGUAAAUUCUGGUCGAAAGAGGAUUGCGCGGAAGCGAAGCUCAGGCAACUGCUAGAAAACGAUAUCUCCGACGUCGAAAGUAUUCACAGUACAUGGAGGAGACAGAGGAAAGACGCUCGCACAUCGCUGGGCCCGUUGCUUCGCGACGAAAACACCAACGGGAAUCUGACUGAUGGUGACGACGAGUUGCUGGAAUCAUUGGUGAAAACAGCAACGAAGACACCGGCAACGAGAACAACGCCGAGGGAACGCAAGAGGACCAGACACGCCGAUCGUAAGUCUUUGCGUAGAACGCUGAAGAACGGCCUCUCGGAAGAGGAGAAGAAACACAUCGCCACCUACAUCAAGGGCUACUGACUGUGAUAAAACUCGAAACCUGUAGCUCGUCCACGAGAAGAAACGAGGGAUAGUAACACGAUCAUCGAAACUUCGGUCGGACGUUGAUCACACGACCAGAACAUUGCGAUUUCACGGAGGCGCAACCAACGAACACGAUGAAACAAAAAGCCUCUCUCUAUGGAAAUCGCAUACACCAAGGUUAUAUGUUAAAAGAAUUAUAUAUACAUAUACAUAUAUAGAUAUAUAUACACGCUUAUAUAUAUAUAUUUCUAUCGAACUUUCUGUACGUUGGCAGAAAGCUAUCGUUUUUAUUAAAUUCGUCGGUGAAGACGAAACUCGAGGCCUUCCAUUCUAUUUUUCGAUCUUAUCGCUUCAACUGUCGUUCGUACUUUUCCAAAUACGAUCAAAUGCCGUAAUGGAAUAAACCGUAUUGGCCUAAACCUUUAUAGUUACAGACGAUCAGAGUUGAAUUUCGCAAUUUUGAUACUAAGAGGUAUUUUCUAAUUAAUUGAAUCGGUCCAGUUUUAUCAAUUUAAUAGAUUUUUGAUUGUACGAAUGGUGAAAGAUUCAGUCGGUUCACAAGUUGAUACGUGCAUAUGCGUUAAGUGGUAAAUCAUUUAAUUUUCGUCGUGUAUAUUUUUUAAGAAUUUUCCUUAAGAAGAUGCACACAUAUCGAGAAAUAUUUUAUGCACUCAACUCUUCGCAGUCGCUAAAAAUGACCGAUUGUGUAGCACAACGAAAGAGAAACGGAUCGGGAUGAUCAGUCAGACGGCUCACAUCUCGUUUGGUACGACUGCUGGCUUGUAGGCGACGAAGCGACGAGCUUACGGGUCAGCGUUUCGCAUCGCGAACGAAUACCACGACUUUUGAAACUUAUAUCCUCUCCAUCUUCUUUGCGCGGAAAAAAAACGGCAUGAAAGAAGGAAAAAAAAUGGAGAGAGAAGUUUUCAAAUGCAUCUUCCGCGGUGACAGUUUCUCGCGAAUAAAUGCCCGUACGCGAAGAGGAGAAAGCAUUUCUCGAAGCAAUUCGCUUUUGCAACAUGGAACGAGAAGAUUAUUGAAAUACCCGCUGAGAUGUUUCUGCAUUCGAGCAAACACUUGAAAGUUCGAACGACAGCGAUGAAAAAUCGGACAAUCUUAUCGAAACGUACACGCCUCAAACGACACUUUUGAUUCGUCGAUGAAAAACUUUGAGUUCUCUCUUCAGGUUUAAGAAAAGUUUCGAACGAAAUUCAAUGAACCAUUCGAUGAUACGAAACCGUAUCUUUCGUACGUAUUUCUUUUUCUCUUUUUUUUUCUGUCGACGAAGGAAGAAACUAGGAAACGAACACGAGAGUUUAUGAACGUGAAUAGCGAUUUUAUUUCUGCCGAUAUCGUAGGUAGUGAAUUUCGAAUACCUAGACGGCGAAAAUUUGUAAACGGUGUGAUUUGUACGGCGAGAGGAGAAACUUAAUUAAUUUAAUCAUCACCUUAUUAUCGCGCUGCGUGAUGUUGCGCAUGCGUUAUUACUGUAAUUUUCUGCGGAAAUAAUUCUUGAAAUAAAAUUGAGAGCAGCAAUAAUGAA